UCGAUCGCGCAGCAACCAUGAAAUUGGGAUCGCCCCCCGCCUUCCUCCUCAACGCCGCCGCUGUCUACGGCACCGCCGCCGGCUACUGCCUCUCGGCGUCGCUCCUCUCCAUCAUCAACAAGUGGGCGGUGAUGCGCUUCCCCUUCCCGGGCUCGCUCACCGCGCUCCAGUACGCCACCAGCGCGCUCGCCGUCUUCCUCCUCGGCCCCGGCGGCGCGGGGCUGCUCGACCACGACCCCCUCCGCGCCGCCACGCUCCUCCGCUUCAUCCCCGCCGCGCUCUGCUACUACAUGUCCCUCUUCACCAACAGCGAGCUCCUCCUCCACGCCAACGUCGACACAUUCAUUGUGUUUCGCUCCGCCGUGCCGCUGCUGGUGGCCGUGGGCGACACACUCUUCCUCCGCCAGCCCUGGCCGCUCCCAAGAACCUGGGCGGCGCUGGCGCUCAUCCUGGGCGGCGCCGCCGCGUACGUGGCCACGGACUCCCACUUCGAGCUCCACGCGUACGGAUGGGCCAUGGCCUAUUUGGCCAGCAUGGCCGUCGACUUUGUGUAUAUCAAGCAUGUGGUCAUGACCGUGGGGCUGGGUACGUGGGGCCUCGUGCUCUACAAUAAUUUUGAGGCCCUGCUGCUAUACCCGGUGGAGCUGCUAGUCACUGGCGAGGGGAGCGCGGCAGUGGCGUCGUUUCGUGGUGGGGCGGCGGUGGCGGGCGUGGCGGCGGUGGAGUGGCGCUCCUUGGGCACCUGGCUGCCCGUGGUGCUGUCGUGCGCGUUUGGGCUGUCGAUUUCGUUCUUUGGGUUUGCCUGCCGGAAGAACAUCUCCGCCACGAGCUUCACGGUGCUCGGGGUGGUGAACAAGCUGCUCACCGUGGUGAUAAAUCUGGUGGUGUGGGACAGGCACGCGUCGCUGGCGGGGACGAUCGCGCUGCUCACCUGCAUUGGCGGGGGGAUCGCGUACCAGCAGUCGCUGGAGAAGCGCCCCCCACCGCUGGACGAUCAGGAUCCAGAGGAGGAGGAGACUGACACGGAUCAAGAAGAGAAGAAACCGUUGAAUCCACAGGAAAAUUCUUUGGAUGUAGAGCUAGGAGAGACAAGGAGCACGAUCGAUCAGAGUGACAAAUGAUCGACUCGAGAUAACGAACAUUUUUUUAAAAUAAUCGCUCCCGCCUAUUUGCUUUA